AUGACUCAAGACGAGGGAGCAGGGGCGUCUGCCACGCGCGCACCCAUGAGCAUUGAUGAAGCAAAGAGUGCGGUGCUGAAGCAGGUAGAAUUUUACUUUGCUGAUGCGAAUCUGCCGUUCGACAAGUUCCUCUUUACGCUUACGCGCAAGGACCCAGAGGGAUGGGUGCCUAUUGACACGAUCGCUUCAUUCAAGCGGAUGAAGCCGAUGCGCGAAGUGCUGAGCUCACAGGACAUAGCUGAAGCGCUUCGUGGAUCAACCUCGUUGCUUGAGGUCGACUCAGAUGGUAAACGUGUGCGUCGCAAAGCGGAGAUGAAGCCUGUGCCAGACGCGCAUGCGCGAAGCAUUUACGCAAAAGGUUUUCCAGAUGAAUUUGAUGGACUGCAAGAAGAGCUGGAGUCUUUCUUUGCACAGUUUGGAAAAAUCAAUGGCGUGCGUAUGCGGCGAGAAAACGAGAAGCCCCGCAAGUUUAAGAACAGUGUUUUUGUGGAAUUUGCCGAUGCUGCUGAAAUGCGUGCCUUCUUAGAGAAGGCCAAGGCAACGGAGCCGCAGGAAGAUGGGGGGCAUGGCAUCGAGUACAAAGGCGCGAAACUUGUGACCAUGAGCAAGCCAGCCUAUGUUGAAAUGAAAAUGAAGGAAAAGGGCAUUGAUCCCAACAACAACAGCAGCAGCAAGUCGUCUUCAUCGAAGGGCGGGCGCAAAUUCAACGCAUUCCGUGAGAUGGAGCGGGAGCGACGUGCCUAUACAUGGACCGGAUGCUUCGAAGAGCUCACGCUCUGA